AUUACAAUUGGGAUACGGAGCCACCAUGAACGGGGAGCUGUUUUCCGUGAUUUGCCGCACAUUUUGUUAAUAAAAGGCUUUCUUCCCGAAAGGAUUUCGUCUUGUGUUCGCUCGCAGGAAUGAUUUUUCUCCGCUUGGUUUUGCUUCAGAGGACCAUGGAGACCUCCGAAGGCAACAGUCAUGCUCUCUGGUGAGGGCGUGGCUGAGAGCGUGAGUUGUAAAGUCCCCAGAAUUACAUCACAUGGAGGUCAAAGGACAUCUGAUUACAUCCAUGGGUUUGGGGGCUCCUGAUGUUCAAGGCUGCCAGGAUGGCAAGCUGCAGGCUGAGAGGGUCGCAGCUCUGCAGGAGAGGAAGCAGGCCCUGGAGGCUCUCCUCAAUGCCAGAGUGGGGGAGCUCAAACAAGUGUGUUUGCAGGAAGCUGAGCUGACUGGGAAGUUGCCACGUGCUUUUCCAUUGGAAACGGGAGAGAAACCCCCACUGGUGCAGCGGAGAGCUGGCCUAGCGCCCAUCUCCAAGGCAGAGGAUGAGGCUGCCCAAAGAAAGCAGAUGAAAGCCAUCUUCACGGGUGCUCUAUACAGACACUCAGAGUCCGACCGAAAUGUUCCAAAUAGCAAAAGAACAGUCCAUCGGGGCUGUCACACAGAGGACACAGUCAUGUCAGAGAGUACCAGCUCCAUGUCAGAUUCAACAUCCCAUGACAAUGAGUCUUCACCCAGUGUGGCUGCUGACCAGCGAUCUCUGUCUCAGCCACGGCUCACUGCAGGCAGCCCUGAGCACAGACUCAGCAGGAAGCUAUCCCCAGUGGAGAUUUACUACGAGAUGAGGACACGGCGUAACUCUGUCACGAGCUCUGUUAGCCCAACUCAUUCUUUACCUAGAAGUGCUUCUAAUGUUGAAGGCAGAAGUGUUCCAGCAACUCCUAUGUUGGCUCGAACUGCUCCCAUCAGCGUUCACGUCAGGUCCGAUGCAUCGGGUGGUAAUGGGUUGAAGCAGUGGUCUGGAAGCCUGGAUGUGCCAUAUAUGAUCCCACUGGCUCCAGAAGGCUCUUCCUCUGACCGCCGCAGCUGCCCGUACAGCUCCCGAGCCAGACGCAGCAACAGCUCUGAGGCCCUGCUGGACAGAUCAAGCCUUCCAGACGACCCAGCCCCUAGAAACGGCAUGCCCCAGAGAGGAGGGCCCUACAAGAGUUCAGAGACACUGACGGAUGGAAAACUGCGGCACAUUCACUUGGGAAGCCCAGAGGGACAUGUGGACAGCUCUGUGGAGCAAGUCAAAAUGCGUCUGUCUGUGGGUGGCAGGGGAGCAAGUGGUGGCUACAAUGAACUUUUGAUGGACUAUAUCUGGGGAAAACAGCAGAGGAUGCAAGUACAGCAACAUCUGUAUCAGUCCACAGGCAGGAUCUGGCAAGACAUGUCCUCCCCUCGCUCCUCCACUGCAGCAGUGCCUCCCCAUGCCAAUGGAUUUUCCCAUUCCCAGGUUCACCUCCCUAGUGCUGCACCUCCUUACAGUCCCAUGGUCCUAAGAGGAUCCCAAGCUGAACUUCGCAGGGUCAAAGUCACCAGAACCAAAUCUUGUGGGCCCUUUAUUCCUUUGCAGCAACAUCCCCAAGAUGCAAUCCUACUAUCAGCGUAUGAGUCCCCCCUUCCUAUCUCUGGGACCACCACAUCAUCCAUUCCCAACCUGCACCCUUACCAGACAGAGUUAUCUGGUCCCUCCUUCAACCGCAGACCCCCACAGUUCUCACUUCCUACUCCAGAAGACUCAACAAGAAGCUUACAUAAAGCCCUGGCUCUGGAGGGACUUAGGGACUGGUAUCUGAGGAAUGCUCUUGGCUAUCCUACUGCUGCCUCAAAGGGCCAUGAGGCAGGGAUCUCACGUCUUUCACACCCCCACCCACUGGUGCACCAAGCCCAGUCUGUUCAAGGUGAACCAACCAACCUUCAAAGGCCUCAGAUACCCCAGUCAGCCAGUUUCCAUGGUCACCCACUGCAUGGAAGGUCAAUGGAGUUCUCUCUCUAUCAGGAUACUUCUGAGCCACAGAUGCAAGAGGUAACUCCAAAGGAACCCAGUGCUGACCCAGGCACCUUGGUCUGAAGCAGCAGACACACAUGCACACAUCAAUGCAUUGCAUAUGCAGAAACUCUGUCGCUUCACAUGGACUUGUGUAUGUACUACUCAAAAAACAAAGUGAACACUUAAAUCACACAUUGUAUCUCGAUGAAUUACAUAUUCAAAUGGAAAAUAUUUAAUGAUUCUUUUUGCACUGUGUAAUUUGUUGAGAAGAAAAUGACGCAACAGUUCGUGCGAACCAAAAUCAUCAACCCUCUGAGAGCUGGAUUCACAAUCACAACAAAAAUCUGAGUUAAAAAUUGUUCAAGUGUUCCCUUAAUUCUUUUGAGCAGUAUAAUUACACAAUUACACACAUACACAAGUUGAUAUAAUGUGACCUCAACAGCAUAGAAAAACACGACAACCUCAGCAGAAAGAGACUGAAGCAAAUGACAAACUGUAGCUGUACAGUUUGAAAAAGCCUGGGCAACCUCCCUGUGUUAUAUCUGAUUUUUUAUUUUUUUUUAUUUUUAUUUUUUUUGCCAAUAUCAACCCCAGUGUUUUAUGUGGAUGUACACUGGUGCUGACUUGCAGAGCAUCUAAUACCAAUAUGGUCAUACUUCAUAUAUAAAUAUUUCUGGUCCAACAUAAGCAGAAAGCUCCUUCCCAAUAACCCUGAAAGUCUGUCGAGAUAUACUUUUUUACAGAAUAUAUACAACUGUAAAGUACUAUUUUGUAUCUUCUAAGAUAUAAAGAACUGUUAUAUUAAAGAGGUAAUUUAUUGCUCAUUAACCAUGUGAUAUACAAAGUAGUUAUGAGCUCAUGUCAUUUGAAACGUAUUACAUGCCAGUGAAUGUGUGUUUGUAAAUUAUAUAAACAUGUUUCAGUCCUCAUCUGCCUUUAAUGUCACAGUCAUUUGUAUUUUUCAUAUUUGAUAAAAAUGAAGUGGGCCAUGAACUGUAGCGCAACGUUGUAGCAGACAGGAGUGCCUAAAUGUUUAAUAUCAAAACUAAACCUUGGUUUGAAAACUUUAAAGUUGCUAGCAUUAAGACUGUGUGAGCCUAGUCUAAUCAAAAACUAAAAGCAUAUCACAAUGUGACUAAAUUAGGGUAUGUGGAAUGAUGUCAUAUAUAUAUAUUUCAGUGUUUUUGAAGUUUGUUUUCUCGAUUCAGCUCAGUGCUGGUUGAUUAAAUGUAGCCUUAUCUGUGCUAACCUUGACAGAAUAAUUAGAUCAAUUUUAGGAAAAAUCUUAGGGCUGUAGUGAGAUCUACUGUAUGGCAGUAGCACUUGACUGUGUGACAAGAAAUGACUCGUGUCAAAUCAUUUUUUUCUGCAUUCACUUGUGGAGGAUUUGAUCGUCAUACAGAGCACUUUAUGAACAUCUUAAGCCUUAACCCCUGUGAAACUGUCACCGAGAGAGAGAACAGGCAGUAAGAAGGUUUUGACAGGGUUUAUAAUGUGACAAAAUUAAGCAAAGUGAGGAUUUUUUUUUUUUUUUAAUCCCCCAAACAUCUGCUGAAGGUCUGAGUGGUGGUCUGUAUAUAGUGUGGAUUGUAAUGGUGAGUCUCAAGCUAAUGUUCUAUUCCCAUACUAACAACAUAAUUGUCAAACUAACCACAUAAGUAUAAUCCAAAUAACCUCCCCUACUCCUUCAACCCCCCCCAAGUGAGCACUAUUUAAUUGGUUAUAAAAAGCGAGGCUGAUUGUGUGAUCAGAAUAAGGCUGUUGCAGUACUGAGUGAUGGUGUGAGCAGGUCUCAUACCAGUAAAUGUCUUCAUGAGAAUUCAUGCUAUUUGUAAAGAAAUUGUUUUACAUGUUUGCUUUGUUUUAAAGAGAAGUUACUUUUUUUAAAAACACUAUCAUGUCCCGUUGUAUGUU